AUGUCCUUUCGUCUGCCACACAUCUCCCAACACACCACCCUCUUGCCGCAUCCUGGUUGUUCUGCAGUGGCGCAAAUGAACGAAAUUGUCACUAAUCCAAUUUACAGGGCGCUAUCGAACGAUGUUGGCCAACUAUGCGACGUCCAAAGCAUGUCACCCAGCGCACCUCACACCCUGUGUACUAACGCAAUGGAUGGUCGUGGACAGUCGUGA